AUGGGUCCCGUUCUGAUUUGGCUUCAGGACGUGGCAGCUGUGACUCUUCUGAGGGCUCGGCGAACACUGCUCCGGGCUGCCAUCUUCUUCUGUGUGCUUGUGCUGCUACUGUGGGUUUCCAUCUUCCUAUAUGGCAGCUUUUAUUACUCCUACAUGCCCACAGUUAGCUUCUCCACACCAGUAAACUACCAGUACAGGACAGAUUGUGGGUCAGGGAACUCUGUUCUUUGUUCUUUUCCAAUGGCCAAUGUUUCUCUUCUGAAAAAUGGCAAAGAGCAGGUAAUGAUGUAUGGCCAGCCCUACAGGGUCUCUCUUGAACUGGAGAUGCCGGAAUCUCCUGUUAAUGAGCAGCUUGGCAUGUUUAUGGUCAAAAUGUGCUGCUACAGCAAAGACGGAAGGAUUGUUUCCACUGUGUCUCGCUCGGCCAUGCUUCAUUAUCGCUCGAGUCUGCUGCAGAUUCUCAGUACCUUGGUGUUCUCUCCAUUACUGGUAACAGGGCUGUCUGAACAAAAACAGCUCAUAGAGGUUGAGCUCUACUCAGACUACAGGUCAGACUCUUAUCAGCCUACUGUUGGUGCAGUGAUUGAGAUUCAGUCUCGUCAGGUACAGAUCUACUCUGCUCAUCUUAGGAUACAUGCAUACUUCACUGGGAUCAGAUACCUCUUGUAUAAUUUCCCUCUGACAUCAGCAGUCAUAGGAGUCGCCAGUAACUUCACUUUCCUCAGUGUUAUUGUGCUGUUUAGUUAUUUGCAGUUUAUCUGGGGGGGAUUUUGGCCACCAGAUCAGGUCAGAGUCCAGGUCAUGAUGGGAAAUACUACACGUCUACAGCAGAGGAGAGAGGAGGCCCGGAGACGCAUGCGCACUACAGCUAGUGCACCUAAUAUUAACUAUGAGAGAGAACAAGAUGCUCGUGUAGACCAAGCACCAGAGCCUGACCAAACUGGAACUCUUGGAAAUAAAACAGGUGAACCAGGUGCGAUCAGAGUGAUUGGAUUGGUGGGUGAAAGUGGGCAGGAUGAUGAGAAUGCUCUUGAGUCAGAUGAAGCUGGUGUGUCUCUGGAGGCUCCAUAUAGUACAGCGGGGACCAACGCGACUGAAAAGGAGGCUGAGGCUGAGCCUGAUUCCAACCUAAGGCAAAGACACGGGCCCUGGAUGAGCCUCUGAGGUCUUGUUUUCUUGUUUAGUUUUUCACUCUGCAACUGAAAUGCACUGACAAGCAAGAACACCAAACCAUUUUUGCGUGAAGCACUGUGCCACUGCUAGCAGCAUGCUUUACUUGGUAAACAUGCUUUACUUAGAAACAUUUAAAUAUAAGAAAA